AUGGAAAUUGGCAUUCAAGGGAUGUUGGCUGAUGUAUAUUAUUACGGAUCCCGCGGUUUAUUUCAGCCUUGGGCUUCAUGGUCUAGAACGGUCGAUGGUUCUCAAACGAGAGAGUCGCCGAGAUCAUGCACGCCGGCAUACUAAAUAUAGCGGCCGCCGAGUGAUCAACUCGGGUUUUCACGAUCGUGCCUGUUGCAGCGGGAACAUUCAAACUGAUCUACCCCCUUCGAUUAGUCGAUAAUGAUGGAAGUGGCCGAUUACCUAAUACCCUUUUCCUCAAAGAAGAAUGAUUAUACAAAAUAUGAAAAGAAAUAAUGAUGAUUAAGCGCCUUUAAAAGGGCCCUGCGAGUUCAGUUCCCCACUCGCCAUCGAGAAUACAGAACGGCUCUUUCUUGUUAUCCGACUCGCCAUGACCCUGAUAUAUCUGUCUCUUCUUGUAUUGUGCCUUUGGAUCAUCAGCCGCGUGUUGGUUAUCAUUUAUCGCUUGGCAUGGCAUCCUCUGGCCAGAUUCCCGGGGCCGAAAUUCGCAGCCGCCACCAGUGCUUAUGAAUUCUACUUCGAUGCCAUCAAAGGGGGGCAGUAUACAUUUGAAAUUGGCCACAUGCAUAGGAAAUAUGGUCCUAUUGUUCGCAUCAGUCCCAACGAGCUUCAUAUCAACGACCCUGGGUUCAUCGAGGAAUUAUAUCCGGGGCCUGGUAAGCCCCGAGACAAGUAUGCCUAUGCGACGGGUCAGUUUGGUAUCCCGGAUAGUGUAUUUGGUGCUGUUUCCCAUGACACACAUCGCAUGAGAAGAGGCGCCUUGAGUCCAUUUUUCUCUAAAGCUGCAGUAACGAAAGUGGAGCCGAUAAUCUAUUCAGCCGUCGACAAACUCAUUAGUCGCAUUGAGGAAGUCGUUGAGUCGUCAGGAUUCGUCGACUUAACAAUGGCGUUCAGCUGCAUGACUACCGACAUUGUGACUCAGUAUGCCUUUGCAGAAUCCUCGCGCUUCCUGGAAAAUCCGACGUUUACUCCAAACUUUCACGAAGCAAUACUAGCAGGAACCCGCAUGGGAUGUUGGGCCAGACAUUUUCCAAUCUUGUUCCCGGUGUUGAGAAGCAUCCCCAUAGACAUCUUAUCCAAGAUCUCACCAGAAACAGGAUUGUUUCUUCGUUGGCAAGAGAGCAUGAAGAAAAAGGUUUUCGAAAUCUGGCAGGAGCAAAGUGCUUUGCCGAUUAAACACAACAACAUCACCCAGUCGGGGUCUACCAUCUUUCAUAACCUUUUCCAUGCCAAAAUUCCAGACACAGAGAAACAUCCCAGUCGGAUGUGGCAAGAAGGGCAGAUAGUUAUUGGUGCAGGUACUGAAACUACAGCUUGGACUCUCGCCGCCACAACUUUCUUCAUUUUAGAUAAUCCCAAUAUCCUGUCAAACCUGAGGAAAGAGCUUGCAACCUACAUGCCGAACAGCUAUGAAAAGCCUUCUUGUCGCGAGUUGGAGGCCUUACCCUACUUGAAUGCAGUCAUCCAAGAGGGACUUCGCUUAUCAUAUGGAGUUGCAACUCGGCUCCAGCGUAUUAACUCAAAGUCUCCCAUGAUAUUCCGACAGAAACAAACGGAUGAUGCUAUAGGGGAAAAGGCCUGGGAAAUUCCUACUGGGACUCCUGUUGGUAUGACCGCCGCACUGGUUCAUGUCAACCCGGAGCUAUUCCAUCAUCCACAUGAGUUCAGACCUGAACGCUGGCUUGGCCCAGAUGGGCAGCCCCAUCGGGGUUUGGACAAAUACAUCUUGUCAUUUUCCAGAGGCAGUCGGCAAUGCAUUGGGAUCAACCUUGCCUAUUCCGAGCUAUACAUGGGCAUUGGGAUAUUGAUCAGACGACUGGGGGACCGAAUGCAGCUUUUCGAAACCGAUCGUACUGAUGUUGAUAUGGUAGAGGACUGUUUCGUGCCUGUUCCAAAAAGAGAGUCAAAGGGUGUUCGGGUAAGAUUAAGUGCGCAGUAGACGGAAAUUCCACCCGUUGGCCUUUGUCGAUGUUAUCAAUAUACAUGUUACGAAUUAGAAUGAUUAGCCUUAAGUUAUUCGCAACUCGAAGACAUCCUUCAUUUCAUGUCUACCUGCUUUAUUUGGCUUUCUCUUUCCCCAUGGACUCUCUUCUCGAAAUGUGAAUAAUCUUGAAACAUUUGCAGAAGCGGUUAGUACUAGGUGGAGAGGGGAUGGGGCUGAGUGAUGGAGAAGGUAGUUCCUGC